AUCAUUUUAAAUGAAACAUGGCCGCCACGCCAGAUGGAUGUGUGCAUUACGCUCGGAGCUGUUUGUUAAAAGCGCCCUGCUGUGGGAAGUUUUAUGUUUGCAGACUCUGUCAUGAUGGUGAAGAGAACCAUGAGAUGGACCGCUUUAAGGUCCGAGAGGUCAGAUGUGCAGCAUGCAAUACUAUUCAAGAGGCUCGGCAGACAUGUAAAGAAUGUGAGGUGAAGUUCGGGGAGUAUUACUGUGACGUUUGCCAUCUGUUUGAUAAAGACAAGAAGCAGUACCACUGCCAGCUAUGCGGGAUAUGCAGAAUUGGCCCGAAAGAGAAAUACUUCCAUUGUAUGAAGUGCAAUUUAUGUUUAGCCACUGAUCUAAAAGAUAAUCACAAGUGUGUUGAGAAUGUGUCUAGGCAGAACUGUCCUGUAUGUAUGGAGGACAUCCACUCGUCCAGAAUAAGGGCUCAUGUGCUCCCCUGUGGUCAUCUGCUACACAAAACAUGCUUUGAGGACAUGUGCAUAACUGGUUCUUACCGCUGUCCUCUGUGCAUGCAUUCGGUCUUCAACAUGGAGGAGGUCUGGGAAGAGAGAGAUAAGGAAAUUUCCCAGUCUCCCAUGCCCACAGAGUACCGGGACACUACGGUCAAGAUCAUAUGCAAUGACUGCCAGGCUCACUGCACUGUCUCCUUCCACGUGUUGGGGCUGAAGUGCAGCUCCUGUGGCUCUUACAACACGGCGCAGGACGGAGGGCUGAUCGGCGCCCCUGCUGUUAACACAUGACAGUCUGAAGAAGAGCACGACAUGGAGCACCACGAAAGAAAUCAGCUCUGAGUUAAGCUUUUACACAACUGAUAUAUAGAAAUACAAGCUCUCCUCUCACGCUGCUGUACAGCUGCUCUUUUUCUUCUUGCUUGAUUAAAAAGGAUAAGAGCAUAUUUGAGGCUUCUUUAAUUUUCUGUCUGUGAAGAGUCAGUUGUGUGAGAUUUGCAACUUCUGUAUAUGUUAAUUUUGAUAUUAGAUAAUCCUGUGCUUGAGGAUAGGCUGCUUUGUUGACUGAAUCCUCAGUAUCUAUCAAGAGCAUUUUUGGUUCAUAUUAAUGAAAAAUAUCUGAUUAUCAGAAAAUUAUCUGGCUCUGAUAUUCAUUGAGGGCCAGUGGACAUCAUCGCCGAACUUCUGUUCAUUUUAAAAUGAUUUAAUGCUAUUUAUUGAUUAAUGCUGGACAAGCCACAAACAUUGUAUUAAAGAAAUAAAAUAAAAUGAUCACA